CGGCCGCCAUCGGCUAUUUCUGGCCACGGCCACACACUCGCGUCACAACAAUCGUCCAGUCAGCACGUGCAGCAAGGAGCGCUGCUGCUCUCAACUUGGCCUCGGUUUGUGCAUUUACAAUUUGCAUUGGCUUAAGCAAACAAUUCAAAAAAAAAAAAGAAAGAAAAAUCAAAUAUACAAAAACGCAUCGGUAAAAAGUUAACUAAUAAAUUGCGAGACGUGCAAUUGCAACAAGUUGGGAGCCAGACAGCACGCCCACCCACUGCCGCUGGCCCAGCGACUGACCUUGGCCUAGUUGGCCCCGCGCACAGCAACAGCCAGAGCCACUUAAGGGUUAAUUGCAUUUGCCUGCUUGCAGCUGCAGCACAUGGUUGAGGAGGUUGGCUGCUUGAGACAAACUGGCGGCAUCGGCAUUCUCGCUGGCAUGCCCACUCCGAGCACUUCGUCUGCAACUGGCAGCACAGCUGCCGUCGCUGCCGGUGUCUCCGGUCCAAAUACCGCAACUGGGACUGCCCAUCAUCAGCAUCAGCAGCAGCACCAGCAGCAGCACCAGCAGCAGCAGCAGCAGCAGUUCCAUCUGCAUCAUCAGCAGCAUCAGUUGGCCAGCAAUAUGAGCAUGCUGAAUGUGAAGAGCGGCGCUGGCGGUCGCUAUUUGUGGACAGAUCGGGAGCUGCUCAUGCAUCUGCAGAACUAUACGCCGCUCAUACUGCUCAUCGAUUUUGUGGAGAAGACGCGCACCAAGCGCUUCUAUGAGAGCUCUGAACGCUACGAGAUACUCAUGCUGGUGUUCAUCAUGCGCAAGGGUGCGCCAUUUUGUGAGAAUAAACGCUUUCCGGCCGAAUAUUGGGUGAAUCUGUCCGUUGGCCCCGUUGCCGAGGCCUUUGAUCGUCUGCAGGCGGCCAUCGAUAUACCCGAUCCCCAGCUGCCCAUACACAUGAGCGUCACGGAUUUGACCACAUGGAAGGAGAUGUUCGAUUCCGCGAUGAUUGACAUACGCCGCUUUGCUUAUCACACCGAUCCCAUGCAGCUGGCCGAUGUGGGUGUCUACAAUCGCAUCACGUUCGAGCAGCGCUUUGCCAUGCAGUGGCAGGAGUAAAUCUAGCUACAGCUUGACCUUGAAGCUAUGGGGCUGGUCUAUCGGUCAGGCGCGCGGUUGCCAAAUUUUAUGCGAAUAUAACAAAAAUAGUGUAUAUUAUUCGUGUAAUGCAACGCACUUUUCCUCUAUUUCAUUUUAUUUAUUUGAUUGCAUUUAAGGCUUUUUGAGGUUAUGUUUUCUUU